AUGUCCAUCUGGGACUCCCUCAGCGGCCGCAAGCAAACCGGGCCCGAGGCCUUCGACCCUUCAACCGCGCAAGAUGCCACAUCCUUCCUCUCCGAGGUCGCUAUUCCCGAUCCCUCUCGCCUCCAUCCUCUGGCUGGUUUGAACCAGGAUACCCUCGACUACCUCUCUCUCGAUGACACUGCCCUUGAUGAACUCCCCGGCUCCCGAUCAGUGUUGCCAUCCCGCGGAUGGUCAGACGACCUUUGUUAUGGUGCCGGUACUACCUAUCUCGUUGCACUCGCUACUGGAGGCGCGUGGGGACUUGUAGAAGGAUUGAAAAAGACACCACCUACGGCAGCACCCAAAAUUCGUCUCAACGGUGUACUCAACUCCGUUACCCGUCGCGGUCCGUUCCUCGGAAACUCGGCUGGUGUUGUAGCUAUGGUUUACAACGGAUUCAACUCCAGCCUCGGAUAUGUGCGAGGCAAGCAUGACGCGACUAACAGCAUCGUGGCCGGCGCAUUGAGCGGCAUGGUCUUCAAGAGCACGCGUGGACUUAAGCCAAUGAUGAUCUCUGGCGGCAUUGUGGCUACCAUUGCUGGUGCCUGGGCUGUGACCCGAAGGGCCUUCUUCUAG